UUAUUUGCACUUGGUGUGGCACAACAUUACAACUUCGCCACUAAGCAAUCUUGAGCAAUCAACAUUCACGUGAAUAUUCAAUGUUCCUGAAAUUAUUUUAGCAAAGCAAGCAAAAUUUGAAACGCCAUCGAUAGACUAGUCCGCCCUGGACCGCUUAUCAACGUCAUCGCUCACGUCAAUAUUGAAGCCCUGCUAACUGCUACUACGGGAAAGAAGAGAUCCGCCCCCACUGCGUUCGAGCUUCAAAUACCCGCUAAAUCCAGCGGAAGAAAUCCAAACCAUCGUAACUAAACCCGAGCUCAAAUUUCUGAUUCAGAAAACAAAAAUGGCGACAAAAGACGAGGUGAAGCUGAUCGGGACGUGGGCAAGUCCCUUCGUUGCGAGAGCAAUGAUUGCUCUCAAUCUAAAGGGGAUCGAAUACGAGUUCCUCCCGGAGGAUUUGCUGAACAAAAGCGAGCUUCUUGUCAGGUCCAAUCCCGUGUACAAAAAGGUCCCCGUUCUCAUCCAUGGAGGCAAGCCAGUGUGCGAGUCCAGUAUUGUGGUGCAGUACAUCGACCAAGUCUGGUCUUCUUCCGGCCCUUCAAUCCUCCCUCCCACUCCUUACGAUCGCGCCAUCGCUCGCUUCUGGUCAGCUUAUGUUGACGACAAAUUGAUUCCUCAAAUUCGAGUGUUAAAGUGGGGUGAAGAUGAGAAUAGCAAAGCAGAGGCGAAAGAGCAAUUGUUCGCCGCAAUGCUGCAGCUAGAAGAGGCAUUCAUGAAGUGCAGUGAGGGGCAGAGCUUCUUCGGCGGCAGCACCAUUGGCUUGGCAGACAUCACCCUCGGUUCCUGUCUUAGUUGGCUAAAAGCUAUCGAAAUUAUAAGUGGAAUAAACUACGUAGACGGGAGGAAGACCCCUCUGUUGGUUGAGUGGGCGGAACGCUUCUGUUCCCACGAGGCUGUCAAGCAUGUGCUGCCUGAUGCUGAGAAAUUGGUGGAGUACAGAAAAGAUUUUAAGAUUCGACGUGCUGCUGCUGUUGCUGCUGCAUCCAAAUGAUUAUUUUUUCUUAAAGUUUGCUUCUUGGAAUCUGAAUGAGCGUAAAUGCUAUAUGCGGAAUUCAUUUGCGUGGGUUGGUGGAUUGGUGAUAUUUGAUGAUAUUAUAGUGUGUAUAUGUAUAUAUAAUGCUAAGUAAAAUUGAAUAUAAUGAGUUGCAAGUUAUUUUCUGGCUGAUUUUG